AUGGGCGAUAUGAAUAAUGUGUGUGCUCAUGAGGAUAAAAUGGGAGGGAAUCGGUAUCCUGAUUUCUUAAUAAAUGGAUUUCAACAAGCUUUGAAUGAUAGUGGGUUACAAGACACGGAGCUUUAUGGUUAUCCUUUUACUUGGGAAAGGGGUAGGGGUACUUCGAGUUGGAUUGAAGUUUGUCUGGACAGAGGCUUAGCAGAUCUUGCUUGGUUGCAAAUAUUUAGUUCGACUAAACUUUACAACCUUGAGAUAUCGACAUCCGAUCAUUCGCCCAUUUUGCUUGAACUUUUUACUACUGCUGUUCAGCAACGGGUCACUCGUUUUCGCUUAGAAAAUGCAUGGCUACGUGAACUACUUUGUUACCAAUUGAUCAAAGAUUUCUGGGAUGGCUGUGGUGAUGUUGAAGUGCAGCAGAAGAUUCAAAGGUGUGGGCAGCGGUUGGUGGUUUGGGGGAAGGAGUUUACGGGUAAUUUUAAAGAGAGAAUUCAACAAUGCAAAAAUGAAGUGCAAAAGUGA